CUCAACCUCAACCUGGGCGUGGUCUCCAGCAUCGGCCGCGCGCGCCACCUGGCGGACGCCUUGGCGGCCAACCGCUCCCUGCAGACGCUGUUCCUCCACGGCAGCCCGCUGCUGGAUGCCGGCCUGGAGGCCCUGAACCCGGCGCUGGCCGCCCACCCGGCGCUGGUCUGCCUGGACCUGGGCGACUGCCUGCUGGGGGACGCGGCGCUGGCGCUGAUCUGCGGGAUGCUGCCGCCGGACGGAGCCAAGUCAGGACUCAGAGAGCUGACGCUCAGCGCCAACCCGCGGAUCACAACCAAGGCCUGGGCCCGGUUCUCCGUGGCAGUGGCUCACAGCUCCCAGCUCCGGGUCCUCAACCUGGACUACAACCCACUGGGGGACCACAUUGCGGCCAUGCUAGCGGUUGCCGUGGCGUCUAGUAGAACCCUGGAGGUUCUGGACCUGGAGGGAACUGGACUGACCAACCAGUCGGCGCAGGUGUUCCUGGACAUGGUAGAGAACUACCCCACCUGCCUUCGGGUUCUGGUUCUGGCCGAGAACGAAGUGAGUCCGGAGCUGCAGCAGCAGAUCAGCGACCUGCUGGCUGAAGGGGAGGAGGACGGCCGGGAGGCCCCGCCCCCUCCGCCAGGCCACGCCCCCAGCAGCGCCCUGCAGCCAAUCAGAGAGAAGCCCCUCCCCUGGCUCCCCCACAGCAACUCCAGUCCACCCACGGUCAUGCUGACAUCAGGAGUAGGUGAGAGCCUAUUGGCUGAAGCUGAGAUAUGACCACGCCCACUUCCUGCUAGUGUUGUCACUUCCUGGACUGAAUGUUCGUCUGCUCUGACCUGAUUGGUGGGUCUGGGGAGGGGGCGGGGCUUGCUGACGAUGAUGUCACAAUAAAAACAGUGUACAGCUUGGUAAGGACGGCUCUGAUUGGUCAUUUCUGCUCAGCAGGUCCAGAACCAGAACAGAGUGAAACAGAUUUAUUGAAGGCAGCCUGAAUCGGUUCUGGUUUCGUUCAGAACAAAGUUCUGAUGACUGCUGGACCGCCGUCAUUCAGCCGGUCAGAGGAAAACGAGCUCAUUCUUCAGUUGUAUUUUCACCAUGUUGUCAUUUCACUUCUAAAGUUUAAAGGUUUAGUUAGCAAGUUUUGUAAACUAACGAUAUUUGGCUUUGUAACUAUUUAGUUUGAAAUGGUGACAUUUAUAAGUGAAUAAAAAACAUUGAACUCAGA